UAUAAUAAAAUAAAGGUUGUUGUUGUUGUUGUUGUUGUUUCAUGUAACAGUCGAUUUUGUUUUUUGUUAUAUAAACCAAAUGAAUAUCUAAAGUAAUUUUGAGAAUUGUGUUUUAAAAAAUUUCCAUACCGUUAUACCUUCAUACAUAUGAAACUUGGUCAUUUGUGUAUUGAUGUCACAACCUCAAAUACCCUAUUUUUGACUCUUACAAAUGCUAUUUCUGGCAGAUAAAAGGCUAUAAAUAUUCAAAUAAAGGCCAUGUCUGUGAGUGAAUACUAAAGAGCUGAGAUUUAGAAUUGAUAAGUUUCUUUUAUAUUUAAUCCCAGUUUGAAAUCAAAGAAAAAUUCACAGUAACGACUGGGCUGAGGAGAAAAAUUAAAAAAAGAAAGAAAGAAUGUAAACAAUUUUCAUUUACUGUGAACUUACUUCACAGAUAUUCCUUUGGGCCCGUCCACAGCUGCUUAACCUGUCUAAAAUUAACCUCCCUCUCUACAGAUCUCUAGUUCCCAAAGCCUUUUUAUGGAUCGAGAGUGCCAACAGCUGAUUUUCUAUAGCAGAGAAACACAGACAAGUCAGGACAUAGAGAGGAAGAGAGAACACAACAAGGGACCAGCUUCAUGUCUCUGUCGCAGAUCACCCCAAGCCUUUUCCUGGGCGGAGCCGACGCCCCUCUCAAUCGAGCCCUCAUGACUCGUAAGGGCAUCACACUCAUCGUAAACGCCACUCUGUCCCACAGCUGCCCCACAUACCCAGGAGUCGAGUGUGUACGUGUGGCGGUACCUGAUCUUCCCACUGCACGUCUGAGUGAGCAUUUUGACCGAGUGGGAGCCCGCAUUCAUAACAAUAGAGCGGGUGGAACGUUGGUGCACUGUGCGGCAGGCAUGAGUCGCUCACCUGCUUUGAUCAUGGCUUACCUCAUGAAGUACAAGGGAGUGACACUGUGCCAGGCGCACCACUGGGUGAGGCAGAGCAGACCCUCGAUCCGCCUCAACUCAGGAUUCUGGGACCAGCUUCUAGACUACGAAAAGAGACUUUAUGGGAAAAAUACAGUGAAAGUUGCUGUUCCAUUGGAAGUGCCUAAAACACCCAAAAUGGUGCCCAGGUACAGUCUGAGAGCGUGUCCAUCAUCUCCCAGGCUGGGCUGGUUUAGACGAUAGGAC